AUGAAACAUCGGCUCACCGUGGCACAAGCCGUGGCUUGCUUAGGGCUGCUGGCUCAUUGCGGUCUUGCAAUUCCAUUCUUCACAUCUAAACAUAUCCCGCCGGUGGUCAUUUUCGGGGAUAGCUACACCGAUCAAAGAGUAUAUCAGUAUCGGCCGAAUUCGAAUGGAAUAGUCGCGGUGCCGGGGAAUGUCACCUCCACAGGCGGACGCGUCUGGCCCGAGUACGUUCAUCAAUACUCUGGAGCAACAGUCUACGACUAUGCCGUGUCCGGCGCAGUCUGCGAUUCCGUCUUUGCUUCCUCGCCUCGAAACGGAGUGAAACAAGCUCAGAUUCCCGCUUUCCUGGCCGAUCAAGACUACUUUCGCUCUCGUGACCCGAAGCAGGUCCUGCGAUCCAACCAUGAGGCCGUUUAUGCGAUCUGGAUCGGGACAAAUGAUAUUGGCAAUGGAGUGUUCUUCACCGACUCGCAGCCCGCAGGAUUACCCUUGUCCAGCUAUGUCGACUGCGUCUUUGAGCAACUCGAUCGACUGCAUGCUGUCGGAGCGCGACGAUUUGUGCUCAUGAACAUUGCUCCUUUGGAAUUGACUCCGCAAUAUGCCACACCCGAGAAUGGCGGUCUCGCUCGACCCAGAUACUGGCCGGAGAAGACUCAAUACAAUUCUAAUCUCACUCAGAUCAGUGAGAAAAUGAGGCAAUAUAGCACGCUUGUCAACGACAUCUACAAGUUCCAGAUCCCAUAUGAGCUAAAGAUCCAUCGCAGAUACAAGGGAAGUCACUUUGCCCUGUUUGACGUGCACUCGCUGAUGUCGGACAUUUGGCAUAACCCGUCGGCUUACCUGAAUGGAUCCGCACCACUGAAUGUCACGGGCAUGGCUGCCGACACGCCGUCGAAAGACUGGGAUAGCUAUUUGUGGUACGAUGAGCUGCAUCCAAGCGAGCAGACAGACCGAGUCAUUGCAAGGGAAUUUGUUGAUGUUUUGACUGGCAAGAGUAAAUGGACGACAUAUUGGUAG